AUGUUCAUCGAAGCCACGCCUCCGCAAAACUCGAAUUGCGAUACUGUGCGUCGCGCCAUCUAUCCGGAACGACCGCGUGCCGUGAGCGCAUGGAAGAUGAAGUCAUCCUUGCUUUUCUUGCUCGCUGGCCUCAGCUCAGUAGCCCUGGCUAAUGUCGGAGCAUCGAGCGGGGAAAGCCAAGCCCAUGCCACAAGCAACUUACCGAACGCCGACGAAGUCAAGAUCGCUAUGGACAAUGCGCAGGUCGCGCAAGAUCCCUUGAUGAUGGGUGCAAUGUCACCAAGCGACAACGGCGCCUCGCCCCGCCAUCGAAGGGAGAAGCUACAGUUGCUGAAGAGGAUGGACAAGAAGAGCGGUAAAUGGGGAACGAGCCACCCGCGUUACAGGCUUCUCGAAGCGCUGUGGGCAUAUACGAGGUACCGCGAACGCCACAUGGCUGAGCUGGAUCGCUGGCGGAGUAUGUACAAGAGCGUCAGCAAGAAGCAGAAGAAGACGUUGGAGAACACCGUCGGUUACACGAAGAAGCUGGAUGAACUCGAAGAGCUGGUCUAUGUAAACGCGGCCGUCUCCAAGAGUAUAGCCAUGCAAGCCAUGAAGUUCUACGGCAUCAGCCAGGAAGAACUGGAUGAGCACAUGAAGCAAGCAGAGAGCGACAAGCGCCAAGCAGACAAGUUUGCGACAGCCCAAACCCUGAAGCAUUACGUACGCGACUGGGCGGACGAAGGUCUGAAAGAGAGGAACGAAGCGUUCCCAUGCAUACUGAGCACCUUGAGCGCCAUCAAAGCAGAGUCAACUGAAAGCGCACCACUCAGGGUACUGCUUCCAGGCUCCGGCGUUGGACGGCUAGGUCAUGAUGUCGCCAAUCUCGGAGGCUUCGAGGUCACGAUCAAUGAGUGGUCAAUGUUCAUGAACGUCGGAUACCGGUACAUGGAAGCGCAAAAGGAUGCGCACGCGGUGACCAUACACCCAUUCAUCGACGGAAUGUCGCACCAUGCUACGAAGGCCGACAUGACCCGGAGUGUAACGGUGCCCAACAUCGCCCCCAACCCUGGUGUUCUGCUCGUCGAGGGCGACUUCAACACCGCAUUCAACGAUCAACCAGGUCACUACGACAUCAUCGUCACCCAUUUCUUCAUCGACACGGCGCGCAACCUCAUGGCCUAUUUCGACACUAUCCAGAGGCUACUGAAGCCCGGUGGUAAAUGGAUCAACUUCGGCCCACUCCUGUACGGCACCGGGCCUUUCGUGCAGCUGAGCUUGGAGGAGAUUGUCGACGUUGUUGAAGAGAUGGGCUUUGAGUUCGAGGAUCUGGGCGACGAGUGCGGCGACCUGACGUUCGAGGGCAAGAAGGUUCGGAGUAAAGAGGCAGAGUACGGGUUCAACCGGAGAGCGUUGACGCGCUACGCAUACCUGGCGCAGGUUUGGAUAGUGAAGAAGGUCGCUUACAAACGUACCAAAGCCGGGGAUAAAAGCCGUUACCAGCACUCCAUCAACACACAGCUAUCUGAAACGAUCCGCUGCCUCCCUGAAAAGAAUGGCGAUCUGGAAUUCUACGACACUGAGGACGAGGAAGAACACCAUCAGCGCAAGGCUGAGGAGGAAGCAGACCAGCACCUUACUUUCUAUGGAAAAUUUUGGAAAGAGUUUCGCAAUCAGCAAUCAGGCAAGACAGGAUCGGAUGAAAUAAAGAAGAAGGAUCGCGAAGAGAGGAGGAAAUUGGCUAAAGCGGUAGUGAGAGAAUUAGACCUCAGAGAGCGCAACAAGGCAAAGAACACCAACAAAGUGCAAUCUUUGGGGACUUUGUAA